GGCCCCCAGUAAGGCACCUGACCUGUGUUCUGCAGCCUAAGUUCCCUUGGCCCCUGUUAGCUAGGAGGAGGGUACGAUCAAGGAAAUCCUAAGGCCGUCUCGUCUCCUCUCUCAUCCCUUUUCCCCCACCGAAGAGCGCAGCAAGAAGCGGACAGAGGUCACCUCCCAAAAUGUCACACGUGGCUAAACCCCUUGUUUAAAAUUGGUCACAAGCGGAGAUUGGAAGAAGAUGACAUGUAUUCAGUGCUUCCGGACGAUCGCUCAAAGCACCUCGGAGAAGAGUUACAAGGGUACUGGGAUAAAGAAGUCUUGAGAGCUGAGAAAGCAGCACAGAAGCCUUCUUUAACGAAAGCAAUCAUAAAGUGUUACUGGAAAUCCUACUUAGUCUUGGGAAUUUUUACAUUAAUUGAGGAAGGCACCAAAGUCGUCCAGCCCAUAUUCCUGGGGAAAAUUAUUAGUUAUUUUGAAAACUACGACCCUACCGACUCUGCGGCUUUGCGAGAAGCUUACAUCUAUGCCACGGUGCUGACCACCUGCACGCUGGUCCUGGCCAUCCUACACCACCUGUACUUCUACCAUGUGCAGUGUGCGGGCAUGAGGUUAAGGGUCGCCAUGUGUCACAUGAUAUAUCGGAAGGCCCUUCGCCUGAGCAACUCAGCCAUGGGGAAGACCACCACGGGCCAGAUCGUCAACCUGCUAUCAGGGGACGUGAACAAGUUCGAUCAGGUAACGAUAUUCUUGCACUUUCUGUGGGCAGGCCCCCUGCAAGCCAUCGCUGUCACUGCCCUGCUCUGGAUGGAAAUAGGCAUUUCCUGCCUGGCCGGCAUGGCGGUGCUCCUCAUCCUCCUGCCUCUGCAAAGCUGCAUCGGGAAGUUGUUCUCCUCACUCCGGAGUAAGACCGCAGCAUUCACAGAUAUCAGGAUCAGGACCAUGAAUGAAGUGAUUACGGGCAUAAGGAUUAUAAAGAUGUAUGGCUGGGAGAAGUCGUUUGACGACCUCAUCACCAACUAUAGAAGGAAGGAAAUUUCCAAGAUUCUGAGAAGUUCCUACCUGAGAGGCAUGAACCUGGCGUCAUUUUUCGUUGCCAGCAAAAUCAUCGUUUUCGUGACCUUCACCACCUACGUGCUGCUGGGCAACGUGAUCACUGCCAGCCGCGUGUUCGUGGCCGUGACGCUCUAUGGCGCCGUGCGCCUGACCGUCACCCUCUUCUUCCCCUCGGCCAUCGAGAAGGUGUCUGAGUCCGUCGUCAGCAUCCAAAGAAUCAAGAACUUUCUGUUACUUGACGAGGUAUCGGGACACCGCCCCCAGCCACCUUCAGAUGGUAAAACGCUAGUGCAUGUGCAAGAUUUUACUGCUUUUUGGGAUAAGGCAUCAGAGACCCCGACCCUACACGGCCUCUCCUUCACUGUCAGACCUGGAGAACUGCUCGCCGUGGUCGGGCCCGUGGGGGCAGGGAAGUCCUCUCUGCUGAGUGCUGUGCUUGGGGAGCUGCCCCCCAGCCAGGGGCUGGUCACUGUGCAGGGGAGAAUCGCCUACGUGUCCCAGCAGCCCUGGGUGUUCUCAGGAACUGUGAGGAGCAAUAUUUUGUUCGGGAAAAAAUACGAAAAGGAACGAUACGAGAAAGUAAUCAAGGCUUGUGCUUUGAAAAAGGACUUACAGCUUCUGGAGGACGGAGAUCUAACCUUGAUAGGAGAUCGGGGGACCACACUGAGUGGGGGGCAGAAAGCCCGGGUCAACCUUGCCAGGGCAGUGUAUCAGGACGCCGACAUCUACCUGCUGGAUGACCCCCUGAGUGCAGUAGACGCGGAGGUUGGCAGGCACUUGUUCGAACUGUGUAUUUGUCAGAGCUUGCACGAGAAGAUCACAAUCUUGGUGACUCACCAGUUGCAGUACCUAAAAGCUGCAAGUCAGAUUCUGAUAUUGAAAGAUGGCAAAAUGGUGGAAAAGGGGACUUACACUGAGUUUCAGAAAUCGGGGGUAGAUUUUGGUUCCCUUUUAAAGAAGGAAAAUGAGGAGGCUGAACCAUCUCCAGUUCCAGGAACUCCCACGCUGAGGAAUCGGACCUUCUCAGAGUCAUCUGUGUGGUCUCAGCAGUCUUCUAGACCCUCGUUGAAAGAUAGUGCUGCAGACGGCCAGGAGCCGGAGAAUGUACAGGCUGCGCUACCAGAGGAGAGUCGGUCUGAAGGAAAAGUCGGCUUCAGGGCCUACAAGAAUUACUUAGCAGCAGGUGCUCACUGGCUUGUCACUGUUUUCCUUCUCCUAGUAAACAUCGCAGCCCAGGUUACCUACGUUCUUCAAGACUGGUGGCUUUCAUACUGGGCAAAUGAACAAAGUGCCCUCAAUGUCACUGCAAAUGAAAUGGGAAAUGUAACCAAGUCACUGGAUCUUAACUGGUACUUAGGAAUUUAUUCAGGUUUAACCGCAGCUACCGUCCUCUUUGGCAUAGCAAGAUCACUGCUGGUGUUCCAUGUCCUUGUUAGUUCAUCCCAGAUUUUACACAACAAAAUGUUUGCAUCCAUUUUGAGGGCUCCAGUAUUGUUCUUCGAUAGAAAUCCAAUAGGAAGAAUUUUAAAUCGUUUCUCCAAAGACAUCGGGCAUAUGGAUGACUUGCUGCCCCUGACAUUUCUAGAUUUCCUCCAGACGUUCCUGAUGGUGAUGGGAGUGGUGGGCGUGGCCGUGGCCGUGAUUCCGUGGAUUGCUAUCCCCUUGGUUCCACUCGGCAUCAUAUUCUUUGUUCUUCGGCGAUAUUUCUUAGAAACGUCGAGAGAUGUCAAGCGCCUGGAAUCUACAACUCGGAGCCCCGUGUUUUCCCACUUAUCAACUUCUCUCCAGGGACUCUGGGUGAUCCGGGCAUUCAAGGCUGAAGAGAGGUUUCAGGAACUGUUCGACGCGCAUCAGGAUUUGCAUUCAGAGGCUUGGUUCUUGUUUCUGACGACGUCCCGAUGGUUCGCCGUGCGUCUGGAUGCCAUCUGUGCCAUCUUUGUCAUUGUUGUUGCCUUUGGGUCCCUCAUUCUGGUAAAAACCUUGGAUGCUGGGCAGGUCGGCCUGGCACUGUCCUACGCCCUCACGCUCAUGGGGAUGUUCCAGUGGUGUGUCAGGCAAAGCGCCGAAGUGGAGAAUAUGAUGAUCUCAGUGGAAAGGGUCAUGGAGUACACAGACCUAGAGAAGGAAGCCCCUUGGGAAGGCCAAAAGCGCCCCCCACCGGGCUGGCCGCAUGAGGGUGUGAUUGUCUUUGACAACGUGAACUUCUCCUACAGCCUGGACGGGCCUCUGGUGUUGAAGCACCUGACGACCCUCAUCAAGUCCCGAGAAAAGGUUGGCAUUGUGGGAAGAACAGGAGCUGGAAAAAGUUCCCUCAUCUCAGCCCUUUUUAGAUUGUCAGAACCUGAAGGUAAAAUCUGGAUUGAUAAGAUCUUGACAACCGAAAUUGGACUUCAUGAUUUAAGGAAGAAUAUGUCAAUCAUACCUCAGGAACCGGUUUUGUUCACUGGAACAAUGAGGAAAAACUUGGAUCCCUUCAAUGAGCAUACGGAUGAAGAACUGUGGAAUGCCUUGAAAGAGGUGCAGCUUAAAGAAGCUAUUGAAGAUCUUCCUGGUAAAAUGGACACUGAAUUAGCAGAAUCAGGAUCGAACUUCAGUGUGGGACAGAGACAGCUGGUGUGCCUCGCCCGGGCUAUCCUCAGGAAAAAUCGGAUAUUGAUUAUUGAUGAAGCCACAGCAAAUGUGGAUCCAAGGACUGAUGAGUUAAUACAAAAGAAGAUCCGUGAGAAAUUCGCCCAGUGCACUGUGCUCACCAUCGCGCACCGGUUAAACACAAUUAUCGACAGUGACAAGAUAAUGGUUUUGGAUUCAGGAAGACUGAAAGAAUAUGAUGAGCCAUAUAUUUUGCUGCAAAAUCAAGAGAGCCUAUUUUACAAGAUGGUGCAACAGCUGGGCAAGGCCGAAGCGGCCGCCCUCCUUGAAACAGCAAAACAGGUGUACUUCAAAAGGAAUUAUCCAGAUAUUACUCACAAUGGCCACGUGCUCAUGAACACUUCCAACGGACAACCCUCAGCCUUAACCAUAUUCGAGACAGCACUGUGAUUCUUCCACAAUGUCAAGUCUAUUCCGAAGGCGUUUUUCUGGUAGUUUUUGCACUAUGUAAACAAUGUACUUUUUUUAAAAAAUCUAGCCACAAAUAUUUACACAUACAAGAUGUUAGUUUAUUUGGAUUAUUCUUCACCUGGUUUUCAGCUCUCACAAAAUGAUUUCUUAUUUUUAUUUAAAUGUUAGAGUAUGUGUUUUUCUUAUCCAAAUCAGAGGUGCAGGCCACCCAGAAAAACUGUUGACCAGGUUUUGUGCCUUAAGAGAAUCUAGAGCCAAAGCUCAUUUUGUAAAGGUAUAAAACAAAGUUGUCACGGAUAUUUUUUUUCUCUUACUUUUCCCCAGAUUACAUGUUACUUUCCAAUUAUAUCAGGGAUUCUAUUUACUUGAAGUCUGUGUGAAGUUGCCAUUUUGUGUCACUACUUUCUUUAACAGAACUAGGAACUAUUAUUUUCCCCAAAGGCUGCUGGUUAAAAUAGUACCGAUAACACUCAUUGGAAAAACCAAAAAUAGACUUUAAGUGAUAUUAUUGGAGGAGAGAAAGUCUAUACUGUUCCUCAAAAUAAAAGACAUGGUUAAAAUAUAAAGGGAUGAUAUUGAAACAUCUGAAAGAGAAGGAAAAUGAUGCUGUCUCAAAGUAGGAGCCCUUAUUCAUGAUUUGAUGAUGAAGGCACGGCUGUGACCAUCCAUUGUCUUUUAGAUUUGCAUGGUUCUGACAUGGUAACAGUUGCAGUUACCUCAGCACGGUAAUAUGUUCAAAGAAGACCAAACCACCAACCGUAAUUCUUGAAAUAAGUGAUAGUGUUUUUACUUGGAUUUCUGGCUUGCUGACGGUGAACCUUUUGUUGACCCUCAGCCUUUUGGUUUAGCCUUUAUUGAAAUCCUUGCUAAAUUGCAUGGACAAGCUCUCCCACUGGUGGCAAAACUGCAAAUAAUAGCAAACAUUGACUGCAAUUUUGCAGUUUGUUUUCAGAGUGCAUCCACAGGUUCAUUAUCAUGACACUGCCCAGGUUAGAUCACCUCUGUCCACUCAGAGUAGUUUCUGUAGGUCUUUCUCAUGAAUCAGCAACCCACAGUCAUUUCCAGGGCCUGCUCUGCUUUAUUUGAACUAUGGGUCUUCAGUUGCUCUUGAUGGUGGUGGUUCAGGUAUGUUGAGUUGAAGUUGUUAAGGGUUUUUUACUGUCACAGUUUUGAAAGGAUUUUCAUGACCACUCAGAAUAAGGUAUAGAUUCUUGCAUCCCCCCACCCCCAUUACCUCCUGGAGCAGAAACUCUGUGGUCACCUUCAAAUUGCAUAUGUUAUAUGCCUUCCUAUAGCCGAGUGCUUGACUCUUCAAUAGAGAGCAAGAGAUGUUUCAUAGAAUCAAGCCUUAAAAUGCACAAACACAACAAACUACCAAAAUACAUUAAGUGCAAUAGCCGUCUACUCUGUGUUUAGAAGUGAUAUGGUUAAUGUUUAGUCCAAUUAGUAAGUAGUUUAAUAAUGAAGUUGUAGUUGGUAUUUCAAGGGUGUGACAUGAAGCAAUGAUAAUAAUGAGGUUUGUGGAAACAGUGGAAAUAUUUGAAAUGUGUAUGUGUUUAUUUGGUCUUUAGCUGUUAAGGGAAGUUAAAUAAACAUGUUUCUAUUUUAUUUCUGUUUUAAUGUCAUUGUAGAAUUUUUUAAGGAAAGGACAUUGAGUUGAAAUAAAUGACAGUUUUCAUCUUUAUUCAGCAAAUCUGUGUUUUUGUUCUUAGAGGGAUUACUGACUCAGUCUUUAAUGAGUUUUUCUGAGAUCAAAAAACAAUCUUUCUGUUAUCAGCUGAUUCUCUUGGCUAACGAAGUCUACCAAAUCAGCAGGUAGCUGGAUUUCAGAGAGGUGUCCACAUCUGGCAGGGUUUGAAACCGUUGUUAUUGAAGCAAGCUGGUUGCAACCCUUCCAGAGAGGCAGAGAAUCAGCUGAUGCCCCAGGCUUAAACAAUAUUAAAUCAUGAGGUUUUUUUAAACGUUUCUUUGCUCUAAAUGAACAAGAAACAUCAGUUGCUACUGGAUAUAAAACACUACAGAACAUUGGUUCUCAAAGUGUGGUCCAUGGACCAGAGGCAUCAGCAUCACUUGGGAACUCAUUAGAAAUGUAGAUUUGUGCAUCCCACCCUUUACCUCCUGGAGCAGAAAUUCUGUGGUCAGGACCAGUAGUCUGUGUCUCACCAGCCCUGAGGCAGAUUCUGAUGCUGACUCAAGUCUGAGAACAAGUACCACAGAACACAAAAGAACUCCUAAAACACAUUAAGAAAAGCAUAGAAAGCCCAAUUAGAGAAAUGGACAAGAGACCUGAAUAGGUGCUUCACAGCAGAGACUGUCCAAAUGGCCUAUAACUGGAGAAGUACUCGCUCUUGUUAGUUACUAGGGAAAUGCAAAUUAAAACUACAAGGAGACAUCAUGAAACACCUAGAAUGACUAGAGAUGGAGAGCACCAGUCAAGCCCACAGAGCCCUGGGAAUGUGCAUGCCCUGCUGUGUGUUUGAAGAGCGUAUUUGAAAAUACCACUUUGGAAAACAAUUUGACAGCCCCUCCCCAAGCUGCACACCCUGUGAUCCAGUCAUUCCACACCCAGGACACACACAUGUGCUCCCAGCGAAGUGUCUCAAGGAUGUUCGUAGAAACACAAUUCCUGACGCCCCACCCAAACUGGAAAUAAUCCAUACACUCCUCAGCAGCAAAAAUAAAAUGAACUGUGAUCUAAUAAAAUACUGUACAGUGGUGAGAGCUAGAAAACGACACCACCACAGGUGAACCUCACAAGCAUAAGAAACUUCACCCAGGAGAACAUUUAUACACUGUUCAAAUGUGGCCACGACUGUGGUCUUCAAAGUCCAAAUAGUGCUACGUUUUGGGCAGGUGGAAGGUGUUGGUAAUUGGGAGAAUAAAGAGGAGCUUCUAAGAUGCUCCAGUUCGGGAGGAAAGGGCUGAUAGCAGUGAGAUCAGUAUUAAUUGAGCUUUGUUUUCUGUGCUUUUCUAUUCCAUGUCGUAUCCUCCACAGAUAAAGGGGAGACUAUGGUGUUGUCUUAAGUGACAUUUUAGAUAGUCUGUUUUUUUUACCAAACCAUGAGUGUCUGACUAUCUGAACUGUGUGACCUAUUCAUUUUUUUGAUUACAUGCUGUAAACCAGACUUAUUCACCAAGU